AUGUCGGGGAUCUCGUCAUCUAGCCGCGCCGAUGAGGUGCAAAACCUCUUGAAAGCCGUCGAAGAUCUCCUCAUUCCCUUUAUCCGAGCUGCCGACGAGCCGACAGUCGAGAAUGGUGCCAACGGCACCAAUGGAACGAAUGGCCUUAACGGAACGAAUGGUGCAAAUGGUCACUCAUUCGGAGCAUCCUUGGUCGACUAUCGAAAGCCCGAGGAACUCCGAGAUAUCCUUCAACUUGAGAUCCCCGAACAAGGUCGACGACAAGACGGUCUGAUCGAAGUGUUGCAGAAAGUCCUGAAAUACUCAGUCAACACCUGGCACCAGGGAUUCCUAGACAAGCUAUAUGCCUCGACCAAUGCUCCCGGUGUGGCAGCAGAAUUGAUUCUUGCAGCUCUGAAUACCAAUGUGCAUGUUUACCAAGUCUCGCCAGCGUUGACAGUCAUCGAGAAAUAUACCGGUCAGCGACUCGCGACUCUUUUUGGAUUGAAUGGACCGCGCGCUGGUGGAAUCUCGGUGCAGGGCGGCUCGGCUUCUAAUACCACUUCCAUCGUUAUUGCACGCAAUAACCUCUACCCUAGCACCAAGGAGGAUGGCAACGGUGGCUACAAGUUCGUGCUGUUCACCAGUGCCCACGGCCACUACAGUGUGGAAAAGGCCGCACAGAUGCUUGGAUUUGGUAGCCGGGCUGUCUGGGCUGUACCGAUCGACAAGUAUGGCCGUAUGAUUCCUGCAGAAUUGGAGAAGCUGGUUCAGAAGGCCCAGAGUGAGGGACGAACACCCUUCUAUGUGAAUGCCACAGCUGGAACGACAGUAAUGGGCUCCUUUGAUCCCUUUGAGGAAAUCGCAGCAAUCUGUCAAAAGUAUAACUUAUGGUUCCACAUUGACGGAUCUUGGGGUGGCUCGUUUGUUUUCUCGCAGCGACAGAGGCAUAAGCUGGCUGGCUCUGAGAAAGCUAACAGUAUUGCGAUCAACCCACACAAAAUGCUCGGAGUUCCAGUGACAUGUUCGUUCCUUCUGGCGUCCGAUAUGCGCCAGUUCCACAAGGCGAACACGCUUCCCGCGGGCUACCUCUUUCACAAUGAGGAUACCGCAAAUGGGGAUGGGCAUGAAGCAGAGUUAGAUUGUGGCCGUCGUGCCGAUUCUUUGAAGCUGUUCCUGGGCUGGACAUACUACGGAUCCGAGGGUUAUGAGCAGCAAAUCGAUAAUGCGUGCGAUAUUGCUGCUCACCUGGCAACUCUCGUCUCGAAGAACCCGAACUUCAUUCUCGUCAGCGAGAAUGCGCCGCCGUGCUUGCAAGUUUGCUUCUACUAUGCUCCUGGCAAGGAGUUCGUAUACUCGCGGGAAUCAGACAUCGUUUCGAACGAAGAGAAGCGGGGCAAGAAUAACAGUAAGGUCACCGAGCAGAUCACACACGCCAUUGUUUCCAAGGGCUUCAUGGUGGAUUUCGCGCCACCUAGCGGGGACGAGAAUGCUGUUGGAAGUGGCAAAUUCUUCCGAUGCGUCGUCAAUGUCUCCACGAGCAAAGAGACGGCGGAGUCUCUCGUACGUGCCAUUGAAGAAGUUGGACCAGGUAUCGUCGAGUCCUUGAAGGCGACUACACCAGUUGUUCCUCUGAAGCGACUGGCUGAACAUGGACAUGGGCCUGUUGUUCACCACACUUGA